UUGUGUACGUGUGUGUGUGUGUUUGUGUGUGUGUGUUGUAAAGAGGGUUGUGUGUGCAACAUUGAUAAUCAUCGAUGAUUUAUGCGUUAAUUAUAAAUAGUGGUAUGGAUGUUCCAUACCAUUACUUGUAGACAAGGAAUAGACCGCUUAUGUGCCUUGUAUGUUCUCUAAAUUAGUAUCAGACCUAAGAGGCUUGUAGACAGCAUGACUGUGCGGGGAGAGUUUUGGGGAAGUUUUGAUUGAGGUUCAAAAAGAUUUUAGUUACUAUUGUUGCAGGGGAAAAUCCCCAGCUUGUAGCUCCUACGACUAUUCAUGUAAAGUAGCAUAGCAACCUCUGUUUAUUUGUUUUGAGGGAUUUUGGUACGAGCUGAGUUGGCCUUUUUACUGUUUGAUGUUUAUCUUCACCAGUGUGGAUAUAAGGCCAGACAGAAAUUGUUCUUUUGUGGUUUUAGUUUGUGGAAUUAAAAAGUGAGACACUUUUGAUUUGCUUACUUUUCUGAGUCACAAGAUUGUAAAGUAUACCACCCUAUACUUGAGUCUUUUUGUUGGGAAAGUUACAUGCAGUUAUCUCAGUGCCCACAUUGAAAAAAAACACCUUGUGUGUGGGUUUCAGAAGUAGGAGCACUCAUGAAAAGGGGUUUAGGUAAUUCAACUACAGUGUUAUUUAAUUGUACCAAACUAUGCUUCUCUCCCAAAUCGUGGCCUGCAUGGGGGGAUUCAGGUACUACAUGAAUCGUAGCUAUGGAUACUCUGUGAUGUCAGCUAGCUAGCUGCACAUGACUAUAUUAAUGUAUAUAAGGUCAUUCAGGAUGCAUUGUACAAGAGGCUCUAACCUCUGAAAUGCCCCAACAGGUUAGUACAGGCUGGCACUGUUUUGGUAGAGAUGAGUCAGUCAAUAUGUUUACAGUGUACCAGGCAGUAUGGGUUUGCUAACAAUCACACUCUGUUAUACUUGUGGAAUCAUUCUAAUUCGAUUACUGUAUGAAUUCCAGCCACAAAUGAAGCACAUUUAUGCUUGAUCUUCCUUGUUCAUAAAGGCCACACCAUAUAAAUUGUUGGUAGGUUCGCAGCUCUGCUCUUUUGAAGUUAAACUUGCAAUGUGUGUGGUUGUCAACUACAAAGUGUUGGACUAGCUGUGAAUUAAUGCUUUUUUAAUGUACGUCCUUCCGUACAGGAAAGAUGGGCCAAAUAGCAUUAGGAAGUUGUAGUGGGUACGUGCUGUAUAUGUGCCAGUUGGCUGGCGUGCACACACUGUGUGACCUUUCUCUAAGAAACAACAAGUGACCUAGUUAGUUACCUGCUAAUUGAUUGCACCUGUUGGCAACCCUACAUUGAACCACCAUUGUCACAGUGGUGUACACGCUUGUGUUUAUCUUAUCUGCUAAGUAUGUGAUAUGUGAGAAUUGCUACAAGUCCUCUUGGUACUAGUGAAUCAUUUCUUGAAUGGUGUUAUAGAGGUCAGGUAUAUAAUUAUAGCUCAUUAAUUUUCUUGGAGCCUAUGGCCAUGGAGCUAUAAUAAUAGUCACAUGAUGUAUGCUAAGGAUGCUAAAACUAUAAAGUGAAGGUGUAUGUUUGGAGAGUACAACUAACCCAUUGUUGUACUCCGUUAUUAUCACUAAUCUGAACACAUGCACAAUUGAAAGCUGACAGCUGUAAAUAUAGCACUGCUGCUAUUUAUAAUUAGCCGCUAGCUUCCUUAUUUGGUGGUUAAGAAACGUAUGUUUUCAAGUAGAUAUUUGAUAUUCAGCUUAUCUUUAAAGAAGUUACCAUACAAGGCUGUUUCAGAGUUGAAAGAUUGUUUCCAGGUGUCGUGUUUACUAUAGCCUUUGAAUAAACACGGAAGACUUGACUCAUCCUGUUAUGUAUUUAAUCACCCACCCCCUCACACCCACCCAAACACACAUACACACACACACACACCCUAACACAUACAUGCAACAACAACGACUACCACCCUCGAACCUCAAUACCAACGACAUCAUCCUCUUGGCCUUUCAAUGUCAGACCGUGCACAACGACUGGAGCAGAUGUUCACAUCCAUACUGCUACAAAAUCCGAAGACAUUGGGAACUCUUUCGACGGUGCUGUGCCAACAUCCAGAGCUGCUGCUCCGACUGUUCCAACUUCAAGAAAAUGAUUGUAGACCAUUCUAUGACCUGUACAAACCUAGAAUGCCCGGUGGUCAUGUGCAACGAAGCCAAGAACCUUUUCCAGGCCCAAAAAGAGGAGGAGGUUGGUGAGAAUUCAUUGCGAAGAUCUCUUCAACGAUCGCAGAGCUUUACCCAGCGAACACCAGUCACAGAAUAUGCCGGCUUGGAGUUCUUGCUCUCCAACUACUCCCAGUACGGUGACGAUAUGGGUAGCUACUCCAGUCUCGGAGCCACCAGAGAAAUGAUUCAUACCAAGGCUCAGGAAAUUGUUGAUCGAUUGGACCAAGAAGAACCUCUUUUGGCAAACGAUCGCCCAUGCUCUUUGCCCCACGACGAUAUCCAUGAUCGUGGUACCGUUGGGAACGCACUGUCACCCAUUGUAGAGGCAAGAGAAGAUCUGUCUAUGAACUCUGACAACUAUUCGUACGAUCAUCCAGUCAGCCUAAUUCUCCGUAAUGGAAGCUAUGCAUACAGUAGCCUUGGAGAUGGUACUGGAUUGUCUGGGAGCAUGCCGUCUCUGGGAGGGAUCUCACAACCUCCCAGCGGCUUGAUCAUCGAGCAACCAGUGGUACAGCCAGUGAAACAGGUGGUCUACCCAAACCAACGUCUUAUACAAAAACUUGACAAUCUCUACCUUAUGCCGGGUCAAGACGGCUACUACUACCAAGAUCGUGACUACUACAUCAAUGAUGUCGAAAGCCUCGGCUCGGGUGGGUUUGGCACGUGUAUGCAAGGCAUGGACAAUACAACUGAGCAGCUGUUUGCAAUGAAGCGGAACAAGGAGCACUCUGAGAAAAUAAUUGACUCUAUGACAGCUGAGUGUUUUGUGUUGUCAAGGCUAAAGCCACACGAUAAUGUCAUCCGUUUCCUUGGUGCUGUUAUCGACGAGGAGGACAAUAAUGUGAUAUUGCCUAAAGUGUGCAAAUUGUUCAUGGAACUGGCUGAUUGUGGCAACUUGUCUGAAAUGCUGGUGGUGGAUCAAACUCCAGAGGGGGUCAAAAUAUUGGAGCCUCUGCAUUUGGACCAGGCUCUCUACUACAUCGAGCAAGUGCUGCAAGGAGUCAACUACCUGCAUCAAAACAAUGUAUUGCAUCUCGACAUCAAAGCCCUCAAUGUGCUUGUAUUUGACGGUGGACGUACAGUCAAACUGGCGGACUUUGGCACUGCAGUGCAGCUGUCAGAGAUAUCGGCUGUGGGCGGGAAAAUCGUCGGAUGUACCCCAUACUUUGCUGCUCCUGAGGUGGUGCGGCAAGAGCAACCUCAUUUCUCUUCUGAUAUCUGGAGUGUGAUGUGUGUACUGGUGGAACUGCUAACAACAAAAUGGCCAGGAUGUCAUAUCCAGUCCAACACACACCAACAAAUGAUCUACCUGGUCGGGUGUUACAAAGACGCUAAUAUUGAACAGCUUGUUCCACUGUCUCAAAUGAACCUUGACCCCGCAGUUGAGACCCUGUUCCGCCGCGUGUUUGUUGCUGACUCAAAACAAAGGCUGUCCGCCCUAACCCUACUGAAUCACCCGUCAUUCCGAGAAGCUCGAGAGUACGGUAGGGAAUUCGAGGAGUGCUAUGUAGAGGAGGAGAUGUCACAUGAUCCGAUACAAGAAGCCAUGCCUAUCUGCGAGGUCGCAGCUGCACAACUUGCACAAUAUUCACACAUACCCUACACGCCCCCGCAAGCCACUGCUGUGGUCGGAACAAGCACACCCUUCACGCCUCAACAAGCAUCGGAGCAUCACAGCUACGCCCACGCACAACAAGGCUACCCAAGUCUAGAUUGUGAGCGUGACCAUCCGGCAGUGUACAAGCGAGAGUCACAUGAUAGUGGGAGGGGAGGGGACUCGGUGGAGAGUAGUCUAAUUAGCAGGGACUGCCCCCUACGAGCUAGUACAAGCUCCAGUGGACCUGACCACAGGAAUUCUGAUUCUGGUAUCGACACACCCUAUGAUGUCAGUCUGAGGAAGAAGUUCAACAAAUGGUCUGACGAUUCGUUUCAAGAAGCCGGAAAUUACGAAGACUACCAUUCCUUUCCAUUCAUAGACCACACUCGAGACCCUGCCGACUUCAAACGCUCGUCAAGCAUGACUGGAGGAACCUCAAACUUGAACCAGUCCGAUUCCAAAAACUCCACCAUGUUCAAUCCCCCACAACUGGUUCCAUCCAACCACCGGCUAUACCACAGCUUCAGUGCGCCUAUAGUAGGAGAUCAGUUCACUAGACGAAGAGCGUCUCUACAAAUGAACCUGGGGGACAAGGGAGAGGGGGCGGACAGACCACGCCUCCGGAGGACGUCGUCAAUGGUCUACGUAGACAAAGGCCCAGAUAUCGACUCCCCUGAUCGUGAAAAGAGGGCUAGUAUCGAAGAACUCAUCUCCGAUGUAUCAGGUCUCAACCUAGACCAUGCCCACAGCCCCUCCCACUCCAGGCGUACUAAGAAUGUGCAACAGGAGAGCUCGACAGAGCAGGAGAGCUCUACUGUGACCAGACAUGUGACUGAGCCAUUGCCAAGGGGACGUAGCAAAACAAUGACUGUUUAUGAAACUAUUUGCUGACAAAACUUUUUAUCCUGCUUGUAUAACAGUGUGUGAACAAACGUUUGUCUUAAUUUUUAAUUAUUUCAGCACUAAUUUGUGCAUAAAUCAUCUGAGCUUCUACAAUUAUGUGUUAAACCAA